AUGUCCUCCAUCGUCACAAGCAUUUUAAGCACAACUAUUGGUUUACUCUGGAAUAAAGUUCGCGACACGACUGCUGGUAAACUGAAACACGGUGAUGUCACAGGUGCAAAAAUUCGCGAGAUACUCGUACGAGAACUUAACGACAUCAAAACCAAACUUGACGGUCUUUCUCGUAAAGACUUGCUUAGCAGCUAUCGUUUUUUAAAGGAAGGCGUUGAUUUACUCAGUGUUACUCUUGAUAAAGCAAAGGACGAGCAGAAAACUGUACUGAACGAAUCUCAAGAUGAUCGUGGCGAAACGGCAAGAAUGCCGAGCGAUGGUGAGGCUUGUGUCUUAAACGAAGCUUUGGAACUUUCUCAUGCCAUGGGAAAGUUAAAAAUCAGCUCUGAUAAUGAGUUUGAAUCUGCCAAAAAAAGAUUCGAGGAAGCCCGUAAGAGAGCAACCGAUGCUUUCUGUAAUGAAUCAUUAACUAUCAAAGAUAGAAUUUUUGCUGCGAAACUACGAUUAGUUUCGGAAAUACUGGAAUACCUCGAUAGUCCUCAAACCGCCAUUACAGGGUGUUUGUCAUUUCUCCAAGAACUGCAAAGUUUGCCCGCUGUCCGUGAGAUAUUCUCAGUUUAUCUGAAACGCGGAGUCAAGUCGCAGUUUAAUAAAGCAGAACGAGUAGAGCACGUGAAAUCUGUUAUGGUAAUCCAUUAUGUCCUUUUUCAAUUUGUUUCGAAAUUCAGUACUAAGUAUUCAUUUCUACUUGCCUGGCCAACAAUUGAACUUGCUGAUCGUAGUUUUCACCCAAUAUUGCAUUGGCAGGAGGUUUCGGCCAGAACCUCUUGGGGUGAAGAAUUGCUUGAGCCUCCCAACAAACUGGUACUUAAUGAAGAAAUACAUCCUUUUGUAUCUGCUGUUAACGGUCAUGGCGAGAUAAUUGCACGGUAUAAUGACAGCAUCAAAGUUAUAUCUAAAACAGAUGAAAUUAAGGUGAUCACAUUACCCGAACCCAGAGAAGGGGAAGUCAGCCAAUUGCAUCAAUAUAUUGCAGAACUUGCUAUUGAUAAAAAUAACAAUGUUUAUCUUGUAAGAUGGCUUAAAACAACUACGGAAAACGGCGAGAUGAACAGUUACGUACUGUAUGUAUUGGACGAGAAUUAUGAUGUUAAACACAGCUACACGUUUGAUCUCUUGGACGCAACAGUUCAUAACUGGAUGAGGAUAGCUAUGAACAGUAACAGUGAUAUCAUCAUGACCAAAAAAGACGAUCCACAUGUGUACGUCUGUGAGAAUACAGGACAGUUGAAAUGCAAGUUUGAACUAGACUCGACAUGUGUACCCAUCUUGUGUGUUUCUAACAAGAAUGAAAUCAUGAUAAGAUCAGAUGCCAGAGCAGUUCAUAUCUAUACAGAGGAAGGAGCGAAGAAAUCAACAAUAAUAGUACCAGAAGGUCACGACGUCCGUGGGGUGGCAUUCCAGUAUCUGAAUUGUAAAAUAAUUGUCCUAACCAAAGACGCGAGACAAAAAUCUUUAUUCCUUCUUUGCUAUUCUGACGCAGGGGAACUGGAGGCCACGACCUUCUUUUGUAACUGGAGUGAAAGUCAAUGGGAGCCACGCAUCACAUCUCAUCCAAGUGGUCCAGUUGCUGUUGUAAAUGGGAGAAGCAUCAUCUUUAUUUAA